CUGUGAAUAUCCUGGAGUGUAAUCAUUUGAUGGGAGAGCACCCCGUCUCCAAAGAAUAUAAUCUGUGUUCCAGUCCAUCUUGACAGGCAUCGUGGCCUUCUCCAUAUAUACAGUUGUAACCACUAAGAAGAGAUGCCAUGGCUUUCACCUUCAUGUUCCUGCUCUGUUUGGGCCUGAGUACCAGAUCCAGGAUCCCUGUGCUGACUGGAGCCUUACCAAAGCCCACCAUCAAAGCUGAGCCAGGCACUCUGGUCUAUAAGGGAAUGCAAGUGUUCAUCUCAUGUAAGGGGAUUUCAGAUGCAUGGAAGUACCUUCUUUAUAUUCAGAAAUUUGAAUAUACCCAGCCCCUGCACACACAAACCUCAACAAAUCAUGGGGAGAAAGCUGUGUUCCAUAUAAGCUCUGUUGGAAAGCAUGAUGGAGGCCAAUAUUCCUGUUGUUAUGAGACCACUGCUGGCUGGUCAGUGCACAGUGACAAGCUGGAGCUGGUAGUGACAGGAUUCUUUGACAAUAAACCAAUCCUAUCAGCCUUACCGAGACCUAUGGUGACCUCAGGAGAGAGUGUGACCCUCAAGUGUUUUUCACAAAAGGAAUAUGACAAGUUCAUUGUGAUCAAGGAAGGAAAACAAAAGCACUCCAUGAUCAUGAAGUCACAGAAGACAUAUGUUGGGCAGUUUCAGGCCCUGUUUUCUGUGGGUCCUGUGACUCCAAACAGUAGUGGAACAUUCAAAUGUUACGGAUAUUACAAGGCAAGCCCACAGAUUUGGUCAGAACCCAGUGACCAUCUGGAUAUAUAUGUCUCAGGGUCACCUGGGACCAUCGGUCUAUUCCAGAACAUGUCUAAAGCCAAGACAGCCUCAGAGACCAAGGAUCACACAGUGGAAAAUCUCAUCAGGAUGGGGAUGGCUGGUUUGGUCAUCAUAAUCCUUGGAAUUCUGCUGUUUGAAGCUUGUCACAACCAUACACAGGACUACCAUGCACCAGGAGAAUUGAAGAUCCAGAAAUAAAUCCACACACUUAUGGAUACUUG